AUGAGAGGGGAAUUAUUCGUUAUAUUUUUUAAUAUUAUUCAAUUCAUUGUUUGUACAUACACUCCGGGCGGCGAUGAAGUGCAAGCCGGAAGUGUGCUCUUGCCAGCAACGCGACGUGGCAGAUAUCUAGCAAAUAUCGUCCGGAGGCAGGCAGUUGACGGAACCGGUAUAAAAUUCAACAAGGAUGCCGACAGGAUCAAUGCAGAGUCGAAAAAGAAGGUGGACGUGCUCUCUGAGGAGUUACUUCCCUACAUCAUCGCGGAGCAGGAGAGACGUACGACGCUGUACAAGCGCAUCAUGACGGCCAUACAGAACGGUGAGAAGGGGGUCACCAUCGCCGAGCUCAGGAACAAGCCCCCCCUUAUUAUUAGGAAAGGUCUUCUGUACCGCUGCCCAGCAAACCGGGCCCCCAAGGAACCGGACGGUUCAGGGGUGCUGAUGUGCGAGAAUGGUAUUGAGCCCACUCAAGUCAUGUACGACUCCUGCCUCAGCGCAGAGGAUAAAGAUCUUUAUGUCGCCGAGAAUAAGUACUUCUUUUGUAAUCGACACAAGGUGGAAGGUCCAGACCUGCCUCGCAACGGCAGCGCCGUGAUUGGCUGCGCACCCAUGGAGAGGACCUCUUUAAACUAUACCAGUGCCAAGUGCGCCCUGGAGGAUACUGAGGAUGUUGUUGUACACUACCGCUACUACCCGGACAGGACAUACAAAUUCGUGACGGAACUGGACCCUGACCACGAGGUCUGCGACCACUGGAACCCAUGCCAGAUUGGAUAUAUCUACUCUCUCCCUACUCCCGACCAGGCUGUGAUUGCAAACGAGCUAUGGCAGGACAGUUUGGAGGAGUUUGUGCCCAUAACAGCUAGGAACUACACCAGCAGUCCGCGAAGGAUAGUCAUCCCCGACGGUUAUGAGUUUACCGGCAUCAAGCACGCCAACUACAAGACAGAGAAACCAUGGUUACCGGUGAAGUUUUACUCUGUGCAACACUCAGGUCACACCGUGAUUAUCACCAUGACUUUCUCCAGUUGGACACGCGGACAUUACGGACCGUACUUCUGCAUCUUCAACAAAUUGGGCUCCGAGCGGGAGAAAGUUGUCAAAUUCUUGAUAUUAUCUCAAACCAGCACGGUUGUAGCGCGGAAGGCCGUGGAGCUGCUCCCAGGACAACACGUGAACAAGACCAAAUUACCAAUCGAGUGCAACCGAUGUCGCGUCAUUGGCGUUAUAGUGAGGGCCUCGGACGGCAACGUAUACAAUAUGGACAGGUCGAAGUACACGGUCAACGACCGGCCAGUUACGAGCAGGUUGGCAAAAUUUAUAGCUUUCAGUUUUAUUAUAAUUUUCACUUUAGUAAGGAUGAUUGAGUUAGAAAUCGACGGUAUGAAGCCACAGGACUUUGGCGAUUACAUCGCAGUGAUACAGAAUGGUGAUGGCGUGGAGGAGAGGAUCAUAAUAGCGACUGUUUUGAGUAAGUUAAAUAUUUUAAAGAUGCAAUACACAGUAGUCUCUGUUCACAACAUUUGCUCAUCACCAGUGAUCAAGGCACGUCGUUUAACGGCGUCAUUCACUGUGGGCGGCCACUUCGAUCGGACUAUGAACUACACCUGUGACAAUUGCAAGAUCAGCGACAUCCUGUGUAACGGGGAGAGUGUGCUGGCUGCCGGACGGGUUUCCGUCAUCGAAGUCUCCAAGAUGAUCAGCUUUAACUUUCCUAGGUUCGAAGACGAAAACUCCUGCGUGUACAUGGGCUUCUUCAAAGUGAAUAACAGGGUUUUCAAAAAGGUUUUAGCGGUCAUUGAUACGGUGACCAUCCAUCGGAUAAUGAAAAGAGUUGCACCAAACGAAGGCGAGCAGUUCGAGGAGAUGAUUCCUUACAGUUGUGAUGAUUGUGCUGUCACUAAGAUCUUCGUGAACGGCAUACCUGUGCCAAGCUCAAGAAGAAGUAACGGUGGAUCCAGCAGCUUCGCUGUUGUGACGUCCACAUCGAUCACAAUCCGCAUAGUAGACUACUCUCCAACUUACGAGGGUGUGUACCAAGCCGUAUUUGCGGCAGGGAGGGAGUAUGUCACGAAGACCAUUAUGGAAAUCACGUAA